UCCAGUUAUGUACACUCGAGGAUACACUACCGAACUCAACUCUUGCAACUUUGCGCCCACUGAUUUUCUUUUGAGUUUUCAUCUGAAUAUCUGUCAGUUAUAAAUUAUACUUCAACUUAUUUUAGGUUAUUUAUUCAUAGGUUACAAAACGAUUAAAAUAAAGUGGAGGGAGGGGAACGAGUCGACUGCCCCUUGCAAAACUAACUUGUGUAAUAUGUGAGGCUUGUACUCCUACCGCGCGCUGUGUAUACGCACUGGAUCUCUCUCACUGACUGGCAACGUGAGACCACUGGCAACAUAACGUUUUUCAUCUCGGAGACAAAAGUAUAUGACCAUGGGGAAAGUGGAUUUAAAAAUCCGUUGUAUUUUCUUUUUCAUCAUCAUCUCAGGCCAGCGGGGAUUUUCAGAGGAAUUUGGAGCACACCAGGGUGCAAAAGGCAUACUUUUACAGAGAGUGAGACGCCAGAGCAAAGCAGCUAAAUCUGUGCUGAAGGUGACAGACUACCAUGUGAGGUGUUCUGUCGUGUCUCGCUACGCCCACACCACAAUCCAAAGCUCUGUGUGGAACCAGCUACCUGUCACCAAGGAGGCAGCCUUUGAGGUGGACCUGCCCUCUGCUGCAUUCAUCUCCAACUUCACCAUCACCUCCAAUGACAAAGUGUACAUCGCCCAGGUGAAGGAGAGGAGUGUCGCCAGGAAGAUGUAUGACGCAGCCAAGAAAAAAGGAAAAACAGCUGGACUUGUUGCCACCAAAGAGAGGGAGAUCGAGAAGUUCCGCGUGGCGGUGAGUGUUCCCUCGGGGACCCGGAUGUCCUUCUCUCUGUCCUACGAGGAGCUGCUGCCCCGCAGGUUGGGUCGCUAUGAACUGACCCUGGGUCUGAGGCCUGGAGGACUGGUCACUAACCUUACCCUGGACGUCAGUAUUGCAGAAAGGACAGGACUCAGCUUCAUCAAGGUCCUCCCGCUGAGGAACAGUCGACUGCUCUACAACACUGUCACAGGUGAGUCUGAGGCUCCAGCCUCCACCCAGGUCCAGCAGAACCCUCGUUGUGCUCGUGUGCACUACAGCCCCAGCCUGCAGCAGCAGAGCAGUGCCUCUUCUAAGACACUCAACGCUGACUACAUCAUCCAGUACGAUGUAGAACUCAGUGACCUCAUUGGGGACAUACAGGUGUUUGAUGGAUACUUUGUCCACUACUUUGCACCUCGUGGGCUUCCUAUUGUCCCCAAGGAUGUCAUCUUUGUCAUUGAUGUCAGUGGCUCCAUGAUUGGCACCAAGAUCAAACAGACAAAGCAGGCGAUGUCCACAAUCCUGGGGGACCUGCGUGAGGAGGACCACUUCAACAUCAUCACUUUCUCAGAUAAGGUCCACACAUGGAGGAAGGGUCGCACAGUGAGGGCCACGCAGAUUAACAUACGAGACGCUAAGGACUUUGUCAAGAGGAUCAUCGCUGAAGGAUGGACCAACAUCAAUGCAGCCCUCCUCUCAGCCGCCCAGCUGGUCAACCCUCCCUCCUCCUCCGGUGGUACCCGCCGGGUCCCUCUGGUCAUCUUCCUGACGGACGGUGAGGCUACCAUCGGCGUGACAUCCGGUGACUUCAUCCUGAGCAACGCUAAGAGCGCCCUGGGAGCCACCUCUCUGUUCGGCCUGGCUUUCGGUGACGACGCCGACUUCCCUUUGCUACGGCGUCUGGCACUGGACAACCGCGGCGUGGCGAGGAUGGUGUACGAGGAUGCGGACGCCGCACUCCAGCUGAAGGGAUUCUACGAUGAGGUGGCCAGCCCGCUACUGUCAGACAUCCAGCUGACCUACAUGGACGACCAGGCCUUUGACGUCACACGCUCCCUCUUCCCUAACUACUUCCAGGGCUCCGAGCUGGUGGUCACUGGGAAGGUCAAGCCAGGGGUCAGGGACCUGAAGGUGUCUCUGACGGCCAGUGGCUCCAAGCAGAAGGUGGAGAAUGAGGUGUUGGUGUCUAAUGGAGAGGGGAAUAGGACAGUGCUCUCUAUGGGCUGCCCUGGGGGCAUGGAUGGGAUCCCCAGCUUUGUACGGCGUCUCUGGGCUUACUUCACUAUCAAAGAGCUGCUGCUGGCCAAACUGAACACCACUGACCCUAACAUACAGAAACUGCUGGGAGAGAAGGCCACCAACCUCUCCCUCAAGUACAACUUUGUCACUCCUGUUACUUCCCUCGUUGUAGUUAAGCCUGAUGCCGAUGAAAUUCCUACCUCAGCGUCAACUACAACGGUUCGACCCACCACCACCACAGAAAACGCCACCAUGUCUGCUGCUGAUGCCAACCAACCUCAGGUCACCACACACCUAUACAGUCUUAAGUAUGUCCCCCCUACUCCAGCUCCACAGGGCAGUAACACAGACACAGACCCAGAUGUGGACCAGAUUGCCACCUUUGUCUCUGCCACGUUUUCCCCCAUGCCAGGCGUUACAGACGGACCGAAACUGUGGGAGGCUGCAGGACUAUUGGAUGUCUCUACUUCCAUUCAGCUCCAGAGAAAAGAUAUGGAGGUGGUUAAAGAUUAUGAUGCAACCUACGACAAUGACCUUGACUAUGACUCCUGGGAUGAAUCAGCAUCAAAUCCUUGGCCGCCCCCCCCCUCCAGACUGAGCUCUGUCAGAGUCUUCUCCUCUUCUGUUGAUGGAGACCCUCACUUUGUGGUCCAGCUCCCUAAACUGAAACAGAAUCUGUGUUUCACGGUGGACGGCAGGGCCAACGAUGUACUGAGACUGCUGGAAGACUCCGAGAGAGGUAUCACGGUGGAUGGUCAUUUGAUGUGGGCUCCAUCCAAACAAGACGUCGAAGACCGUUCCCGUACAUACUUUGACCAGAUAACCAUCUCCACCAGGGGCGGGACAGGUGUGCUGGGCGCCAUAAUGAUCACCCUCUCAUUGGAUGCUGUGGUGGUGGAGGGGGAGGGGCGGGACACCCUACACACCAAUCAGGAGGGAUCUGUGACAAGGCAGGGUGUGAUGGUUUCCAUGGAAAGCAGAGAUGACUUCCAUCAGAGCUGUUGGAUCGAGCUGACGAAGGACAUUUGUUUCCUGGUUCUCUUCCACCACUACAGACACCCCAGCUACCUGCAGAUGGCACACCUCGGAUUCUACAUCACUGACGGACAGGGCCUCUCUCUUUCAACCAAAGGCCUACUGGGCCAGUUCCAGCAUGCUGACAUGCGUGUCACGCUGAUGAAGGACCCUCGUGACACACUGCGUCGGCCCAGUAAAGAGGGGGUGCUGAGGUGGGGGGUGAUACACAUGCCCGUCACCCUACAGAACAAGACCCUGAAGGACACAGUGAGGAAAUGUCACCUGGGAAGUUGUUGGGUCGUGCCCAAGGCGCAGGUGGAGAGACUGCUGGGGCAUCCCUACCAGAGCUAUGUGGUGGAUCACCUGUAAAUACUCACUGGCUCUUUUCAAAUCCAAAACCCAUCCUAGCACACUAGUUAGAAUACUAUACAUGCCUAAUGCAUUGCUUUAUAUUAAGUGGUUUGGAGAUUGGAACCGGACACUCAUCUAGCUAUCCCCUUCACCUCAAAGCUGGGUAGCUCAGGCCAUGGGAAACUCUGUAAGGACAAACAGCACUGGGACAAAGGGUGCUGCUGGCUAGCCUUCAAUACCAAUGUCACAUAGUGAGUUAUUACUCUCUGAGAGCACCGGUGGCAGUGUGCAUGAAUGCAUAUUCAUGAUUAUGAGAGGAAAAAGAGAGCCAAUUACGAGACAGAGAAAAGAGAGGGCAAAAGAGAAAAUGUGAGAGACUGAUACAAAGAGAAAAAUAGUGAGAGACCGAGGGAGAGUCCAGUAAGUAUGAUGAGGUAAUUCACACAGGUGUCAGACAUGAAUAAAUAAAGGAUAUGGGAUGAUGUCAUUGCACCACUCCUUUCUGAAACAACAAGAGUGACAGACUUCUCCUUCUGCAGUUAACAUUGCAACAGUAAGAUCUUAAUUUUCUGUAUACUUCGGCAGACAAAUGCUGCUUGAUCUUCACAUACAGCUCAUUCCAAUCUCUCCUUCACGCAAAUCAUGUUUCAUAAGUACUUUUAUAAUUCCAAUGUUAUAACAAAUAUAUUAGAUGAUGUGAGCAAUGUGGAAUUUUUUUAAGUGUCAGGGUUGUGUAUAUACAGUAUGUAUAUUCCUAAAAUGACUAAAUAUUAUAAAUUGUC